AUGAAGUAUACUGUCAAGCACUACGAACUGGCCAGUAAAGCGAAUGGACUCGAGCAAGGAAUAUCGCGUUAUCGGAGAGAUGAUUACCAUGAAACGACCCUUUUUGAUGAUUCACUUUUUGACGAUCCUCCCAUAGAGAUCAUUAAAAAACCAAAAACUCGUCGAAAACACGCUCGGAAGAAGACAACGCCGAAGCCACGACCAACUGCAGCACCUCCUUCAGCAAGAAUACCAAUAGACUGGCGCAGGGAUGAGCUCAGGAAGCCCAGACACACCCCCAAACCCAGUGAUCUGUGGAGCAUUCCAUUCAGCUACACAUUCGGAACAUUGAAAAGUACUGAAGGACAGGUGGUGAGAGAAUUCUGGUUGAAAAACAGAAGCGUUUCGUUCGUAGAUGUCGAGUUGUCGUCCAGCCAGCCGCUUUUAGCCAACUCGCGGUGGAAAUAUCCCUAUCGGGUCAACUACGAUAUUACGAACUGGAAGAUGAUCGCUAGAUUGCUUCAUCAGAAUCACAGGGAAAUUCCGGAUAGAUCUCGCGUACAGAUCCUGGUUGAUGCCGAAACGUUUCUCGCUCAUUCUGAUACGCCACAGUUAUUCGUCUAUAUGCUUGGGUAA